ACUCAAACAACUGGGUCAAGCCCUACGCUCAAGACGUGAACCAGCGCUUUCCAACAGGUGUCGCUUCAACAACAAUGACGUCGAAUGGAGACCAUUUUGUGCCACGAUCUACUCGACCGUUUGUGGCAUCGUUGGCCGGGCCCCUGUCGCACACUCCUUUGUUGCUGGAAGGAGGUUGCAUCGUGCCGUUCAUGCCAUGACGUCCCCCCAAGAUUCUGCCACCACCGCCGCAUUGCCCGACCAGAACACUGUCGAAAUCCCAGACGUUUGCUAUCCUUCGCUGUGCUCGGCCGAUCGCUACGCUGUCCAAGUCACAACCACGAACGGGAUGACCCUAACGUGCAUCGAACUCAUCUCCCUCAAAACGCAUGCGCAAUGGUGAGUGAGAUUGCCAUCAUCUCGACGUAAAGAACGCGGUAGAAUCUACAAUAUCUGGGACGUCGGCCAGCAUACGCCUCCGACGUCACUGUACGUUCCUUCUUCAAGCGUCGUUGCGACCGCUCUCGUGGGAAUCAAUUUAUUGGAAUCCAUCACGAUAAAACAAGUUGCGAACGUAGCGCUCCUUGCGCCACACGAGUCCAUCGGGGCCGCAUUCUGUCGACUGCAAAGUCGACUUGGCGCGCUGUGUGUCGAGAUCGUCCGAUUUCGAGCUGACGCUGGAAGUAUUUGGCGGGUUUUCGGCGACGUACACGUUUGAGUUGACGCUGCUUGUUUUGCCGACGAAGAUGCCGAUUUCCGAUGGUAAAGCCGCGACACCUCCGAAUAGAGUUUCGCAAAGUACAGCAGAGGCACACUUGGUCGCCUUCUCCUGGCGACACACUCCCCAUACUGCGCCUUGCCUCCACGGUGACAUCCACUACAAUCGACGACCCGAUCCAAUGGCACGUCCCAACGAGCAUUCUCUCUUUCUGCGCCAGAAUGGCACACUCCGUCGCCAUUUCACUUUCCCCCCAAAAAGACGUCGCUACAAAUGUUCAGGCAACCUGUAACCUUUGCGUCGACCGAAGGCCGCAGCGUUGCGGUCCACGACUUGGACUACACAGGGCUGCACUUAAUCGCCUCAAUAUUUUUCCAGCGGUUGGAGCGGCGACUGCAUCGUCGAUCUUGGUCGGCAAAAGUCGGAUGGCAUAGCCAUGGCCCGACGACUCGUCACGACAGAACACACGAGCUUGAUGCAACAUGCCGCCUUGCUGAACGCUUGCAAUAGCCGCGAGCCGUCGCUCGCAGAGAUGCCAGUGAACGAGAACAUUCAAGGGUGUGCACUUGGACUCCAUGACAGGUGGGGCGACCUGCUGACGAUCAGGCCACUUUCACUCUUGUGAAUCAAACUCCAACACUGCGUCAAGGACACCAAAGUUUCGUCGACGUUUCUUGUUACGUGAGCUUGACAUCAAUAAUCUCUUCGCCCUCCAAGUCGU